AUGUCAUGCAUGUCAAUGGCAACCAUUUUGAUACUUUACAUAGUAAGCGUUCGCUGUGAUCAUUACUUCCCGUUGAAAAUCGCUGAAAGUGGCGAAUUCGGUCUUAAAAAUGAAUAUGGUCUGCCAUGUCUCUUAUUAAAAUUUUCUGCGCAUUUGUUGAAUCUAAAUUUAAACGGAAGUAAUGUUGCGACUGAGAAUCACUUCAUUACUGGGAUUGAACUGCAUAUUCAGGUACCCGAUUUCACCUCACCAAAAGUGAAAUUGAGUGGAAAUUGUGCUGGAAAUGAUACAAAGCAUAAUAAAGUGAUGUUUAGCGCAAGCUGGAAAAAGCAAGGACGUAAAAAACGGAUCACAUUUUAUUUUGGAACGGGUUACGUUAGAAAUCUUGUGAAUCAACUUGAAGAACUUCGCUGGAAGCUUAAUAUCGUCGUAUAUUCAGAAUUUUAUGCAAAUCAGUCAGUGAAGUUUUCAUCGAACAAAGUAGUAAUAAGCGCUCCAUUGAAGCAGAAAUUUAUUUGUCGUGAUAAGCUCAAUAUAAGCUUAUCGAACGAUCACUUCAAAGACUACAUAAUGGAACUGAGUCCUGAAAUCAGUGCACAACCAUACUACGUCAAAGGCGGAUAUCCUAUAUACAUUUGUGAACGCACACGACGUCGAACGCUAGCCGAAAGUUUCGAGAAUCGCAUGACACUCUUUUCCGGAAUCGUUCUUUGCGUGUCAUCUGUUUCAAUGAUGGUUGGAUACACUUUCCGAAGACAGUCGCAUCCUACUAGAAAGAAAUUUUACAGAUCUUUAGAUUAG